AUGGUUAUAGAGGAACUGAGCGGACCAUCGCAUGAACUCGAUAAACGAGUCGAUAUGGACUCGUGGCCACCGAAGAGUUACACGAAGAGAGCGGCGUUUCCCAAGUCCGCAUCACGCAUCCGUUGGCCAGAAGCUUCGAAAAGACGCAGUCGCAUCGGCCGCGUGAAUACUACCGCAGUCCGCUCUUCCAUUCCGCUGACUCACGAACUCGGCAUAACGGGAGAACAAGAUGAGAUGAACAGCGCAAAUUUAACACCAAACCCAACCAAUCCCAACUCAGAGAAAAGUAUUUCGAACAUUCAUCACCUCGGGAUCCGCUCCAUCAGACACAGAUCAACACGCUCCGCGCCACAGGAGAAAGCCACCAUGGUGAUGGCUGAUGACAACGUGCAGUACACUGAAAGCGAUGUGGUACAACUCACGGAUCUCAUUAAGCCAACAUCACUUAAUGAAACUGAGAAUCCGGAACGAAGUUCAGCGCCUAUUUCGGAGCGCAAGGGGAGAAUAAGGAGUUCGUCGUAUCUUUCUUUAUGCGACUCCUGCGGUAUUACCUCCUGGCUUCCGAAGUGGAUUCUAAUCACAUCCGCCGCUGCGCUUUGGGCUUACUUGGCUUACGUGUACUUCAUUUGCCGAAAUCAGCCGCGUUGUAUUGAACUGAAAAAUCUUACGCGAGCUGUACUAGAAAUACCUGAUGUCCCGCAAAUAGUCCUUGGGUUCACGUUCCUUGCUGGAACGGCUCUCAUCAUCCUCUCGAUCAUUAAAUUUUUGUUUGGAGGCAGCUCACGUAGCAGAAGAUCUCCGCACGACGAUACAAAGCAGCAAACGAGGUGAACACAUAUUCUUGGGAACAUUCCGUGGCGCCUUGCCUACAAAUCUGUUAUUGAACAAAAUAUCUUUCUUACUGUGUUAACUGUACAGUACAUGUAUUCAAAAGGUAAGACUUAUUUAUAUAAGAGGUUUGACUGCUUGUAUGUAUACUGUUCC